AUGGUCAAUUUGGAGGAAAACAAAGAUAUCGAUGAAGAAAAUGAAACGAAUUCAUGGACAACAACAAUUGGCACACGAUCAUCCUUUAGCACAAGCUAUCCAACUGGUGAAGAUGGCCCAAGUUUUGAUGAAGAAAUUACCACAGGCCAGGGUGAUUGUAAUAACAAUGAAAGAUCAUCAACAACAAGUGAUAGUUUGUCAAACACGUCUUCAGAUUUUUCAUCAUUCAAAAAUUUAAACGAUAUCUCAGAACAUACGAUGAUGAGUCCACGAGCUGAUGACAUCAAAUGGAUGAAUGAUGCCCUGCGAUACCACGAACAGGAACCUGUCUUCCGUAAAAAACCCUUCAAGGCGGCAUUGAAGAUACGACCACGCAAAGUAUUUCCACAGCUGAAAUGGUAUCGUCUCUAUCACAAAUGGGGAUUAAGACAAACACCACAAGCCUAUAAGGGAAAAGAUGUGCCGAAUCCAUAUAUUAUUCGAGCAUUGGAAGAGAGAAACGAUGUUGACUUCAAUUUAUCCGAUUUAGAACGUGGCAUAUUUUAUCUGAAAUGUACUAGUUGCUAA